ACACAUUCCUGUAUCUAUUUUUAAGCCAAACUUGCUGUUGAUUAUUUAUCUGCAUAACGGUUGUAACUUGAUUAUGUUGCUAGAUUGAUUGUGCAACUUGAUAUAUGUUUCCUGUUGUCAAUGAAUUGAUAUAUGUUUCUCUGUGAAGUCUUAUUCUCCUUGUCAACCAGUUUAGGCCCAUGCUAUGGGUGAAUGCUGAAGUGAUUGUUAUAAGGACACCUGCAAUUGAAUGUAUCGGUUGAUGGGUUCUUUUAAACACGUUCUACUUGAGUCAGAAUGCAUGCUUAUGAAACAUGCUGCCAAUUCAUUCGACUUCAAUAGGCACCAAUUGAUUGGCAAUAUGCUCAAUUUUAUGCCAUUUAACUUUUUUCUUGAGCACUUAUCUUUCAUGAAAUAGACCUUUGCCUUUGAUGUGUUUCCAUUGCCAGCCAACUUAAUGGAGGGUAUAUUAGUUAUUUGUUAAAAUUUGUGCAAUUUUUGGUGAUUGAUGAAUGGUAAUUGCUUGCAUAAAGAUAAAGUGGAUUUUGUUUAUUACAGAUGAAAAAUGAGAUGAAGCUCUUAUCCUAUGGGGACUCUUAUAGCAAAUGGUGAAGUAGCUAUGAGUUUGUCAAAGGGAAAGGCUAUACUUGGCCGAAAGUCUCAUUUGCAUGAUAGAAUUAUAUAUGACAUUUUUGUUGUUGAGUUUGAUCAUUGUAGGUGUCUGAUCUUCUUCGCCAACACUGGUUCUUUUCUCUCAAAACAUCCAUGCAGAUGUCACGGAAGAAUCGACUGCAUCAUCAUUCUGACUUCUCCAGCAAAGCUCCAGGAGAGGCCUCAAAGACUCUGUAGUGACUUAUCAGUCAUUGCCUCUCCUCGCUCAGAGAACCAUAUCACUGAAAGCGAGAGCCUUGCCGGCUUGCAGAUUAAAGUACAUUUUGGUGUCCUUGGGUAUAUGGAGAUGAAGAACCUACUGUUAAUUGCAUCUCUUCCUUGGAAGCACUGGAAGAACAGGCAGACCAACAACCUAUUGCUCCGUCUCUUCCGGGCUUGAUGACCAACGGGUCAACAACUAGAAUCAAGGAUG